AUGGAAAUCUCACAAAUGAGAGCCAGCAACCGUGUUGUCAUCGUUUUUUCCCUAAUAAUCUCGACCGUUCAGGGCUAUUAUCUCGGCCCAAUUACACAGUUCUUAGCUCCUCACAACGCUGCUCGCGCGGCCAUCGGAUUGCCACCGUUGGUUUGGAAUUUAAGGAUGGCGAACUACGCUCGGUGGUACGCCAACCAAAGGCGUCGAGACUGUGAUUUGAGGCACUCCAACGGACCUUAUGGGGAAAACAUCUUUUGGGGUAGUGGAGAUGGAUGUAUGCCAGCCGACGCGGUCGCCUCGUGGCUGUCCGAGAGUAAAUGGUACGACCAUGGGUCGAAUUCGUGUGCGGGAGGGCAGGAAUGCGGGCAUUAUACGCAGAUCGUGUGGAGCAAGACCAGAGGUGUCGGGUGUGCCAAGGUGGUUUGCGACGGUGGGAAGGGUGUUUUCAUGACCUGCAACUACGAUCCUCCGGGGAAUUACGUCGGAGAAAGACCUUACUGA